UCCAUCUAUCUCCAUUCUUCCCCUCCCUGGCAGGCACUCAAGGUAUAGAAGAAAAAUUGCACUUUCUCAUUCUAAAUCUGCCACCUUAUCCUCCUAGCCUGACUACCCUCCCUAUCCUUGGUUCAUUCAUAAAGCUCUGCAGUCCCUCCCCUUGCCAGCACUACCAGGUCUUCUCACGCAUUCGGCUAGAUGCCAGCAUCUGCAAAGGGGGACAGCCCCCUGGUAUAGCUGGGGAGGGGGCCCCUACUCAUCCACCCCCCUCCAAACACACACCAGAGCCAGCCAGCCAUUCUUUGAAAGGAGAUGCUGGGCAAAGCAAACCGAUGGCUGGCAAUCUUCGCAGCCCUACUGGCAACAGGGGCCAGCUGGGAAGCAGACCCCCUCUGCCCUGCCAGGUACAAACUCAACUGCUUACUCCGUCGACGUUUGGGAUGUGGGCCUGAUGGGGCGCCUACCUGUGGACCUUGUUUUCCCAAUUAUGAGGAGGACUCUGGUGGUGACUGUGUACCCAAGAAAGUCCCUAAGCAUGAAAGCAAAGCAAAAACCCAAAAGAGGCCCAAAGACUUGCCUGGUCUCAUCCGUUCCCUUCUGGCCAAGCAUGAGAAGGAGCUACAGCCAUCAGGCAUGGAGACCACUCUGCCUGGCAGCACUGAGGAGUUUGAACCAGCCAACUCCCCCACUCCUUUCCCCACCUCUCUCCCCACAGAAGUCUCCUAUUCUGCAAGCACCGUCCCAGUUACUUCCGAAUCUUAUGAAAGCACCACGGUCCAGGCCACCAUACCCCCAAGGAGUGUGAAAGUGGAUUUCAAGCAAAGGUCCCGUCCCCCAGUGACUAACCUGAACAAAGCUGUGACCCUCACUCUUGUGGUGAUGUGCACAGUGACAGGGGUCUCUGGACUGGUGGUAGCUGCCAUUUGCUGGUACAGGCUACAGAAAGAGGUGCACUUGGCUCAGAAGAUAGCAUACACAGCCAACCGGGGGAACCAGUAUCGGUACCAUCAGCCCAGUGCAUACAUGGACUCUAGACUAGCUCAAUCUUGCCAGGUUCACCACUAUCAACAUCAGAAGAAACUUCUCACCAGUGAGGAUAGAGAACCUCCCAAACCAGUAGAGCAAGUCUCCACAGAAUCAGAGACUGAAAAUGGAGAUUACACUGUAUAUGAAUGUCCUGGACUGGCACCAAGUGGAGAAAUGGAGAUCCACAACCCUCUCUUCGACACCACAUCCCUGCACCGAUGCCCUCCCUAAAUGCAUAGUCCCUCUUCCCCAUUUUCUUUCUCUCUCCCUGCUUUUCUUUCCUCAUCCAUUUCUCUGCCUCCGGGAUUGACGCAAAGAGGAUUCAGACCUAUCCCACUGGGUGCUGUUUCUGUAUUCUGUUCCAGAGGGAAUUAAUCCCCUGUAUCACUUAACAAUUGAUUGCCAUCCCACCUGAAUCGUAUGAAAACUGCUUGAAAGAGGAAAGAUGACUAGCAGCAGAUUUCUUUAGAAGUGUAGAUUUUCUUCAAAUCUCAUCUCAUGAUGCUUGGUAUCAACCAUCUAUCUUAGAAACCUCUUUCCAAGCUUGCCUUUAUCCAUUAAUUCUCCAUCUGAAAUCAUUUUCCACCACUGAGUCCAGCUAGGUAGGUUGAUGUGAGUAGCAGCUACCUUCUUACUUCAUUGCAAAGUUGGCUGUGAAUGCAUAUGCACAUGUGGAUCUGUACUCCCCACCCAGAACUGGCUAAGAUAUUCUUCUCCCCAAGGCAGUAAGGCAAAUGCCACCUGCCACCAAGUCAAGGUAGCAGAAUACCUAAGAAAAGGUCAAAAUAAUUUGACACCUGCAACAGAAAAUUCCAUAAGACCCUUCCUCCCCUCCAACUCUUCUUCUCUGAUAGCUAUGAUGAUGAUUAUGAUGAUGAUGAUGAGAACACUUCUGCUCUCCUUUCAUGAUGAUACCACAGUCUCACUCGUCCUACUGUUGGGACCAUUUCAAUCCCCAUUGCUCUUGAAACACCAUCCCUGCCCAGCCAAACUUAACAGCCACACUGCAGUAUUUUACAGGUGUAGCUCAGGCAACAAAAGAGGGAGAAAAAGAAUCAAAAGUGUGUCCAUGAUUUUUUGAACUAGGUUUUUUCUGCAGGAAAAGCAUGCACUAUACAUCCCAUGGUCUGCUUGUGUCCUGACGGUAUAUGCCUGCCACAAACUAGAGCUCCUCUCCAUUUGUGUCUGCAUGUGAGCAUGCAAGGGCUAACUCAUAUGUAGAUGUUUGUACUGUGAAGUAAAAGCUUGAGAGUUAUUCUAGCUUGCAUGUUACAUAGGGCCGUCCCCUAAUUUAGAAAACAAGUGACCUUUGGCAAGUCACACUCUCUCAGUCUCAGAGGAUGGCAAUGGCAAACCCCUUGUGGAGAAACACACCAA